AGCCAGCAUACUGGUCUGGAGAGGGAAACUAAUAGGCGGAGUGACUGUAGAUUAUUGAUUUGGGACUGACCCUCUCGUCAUUUAGAGGCGGGGUGGUGGCGUAGAAAAAGAAGAGACAUCAUCGCAUCACGUUUUUUCAACAUUGAAGAGAUGAGAAUGUGAUGAAAAUUGAAAGUAACAGAUUAACACGGGGGUUUCAUUUCAAGACAACGGCUCAGUGAAGGGAUGGAGAGUGGGGAUGACAGUGUCCUGCGCUGCCGCAGCGCUUUACCUAAGAUGCCCACCAUUUCAAACCUGGAUGGUAUGGGUGGAGAGGGCAGCAAUGGAGAGAACCCUUGCAAUGGAGAGAUCCACAGUAAUGGAAAAAUGGAAGUGGAGCGACUCAUCAGCAAGAAACUCCAACUGAAGAGGAAAGCAGAGCACUUGAAGUUUGACCUGAUGAGGCAGUUUGACUCCCAGGUGUUGGAGUUCAUGGACAGUCUGAUAGAGGAAUCGGCCAGCCUGGAGCCUGCUCCUGUCCCUGCUGUCUUCUCCCCUCCUCUGUCCGAUAAAGAGAGGAGUAAGCUCAGGCAUCUCCAAGGGUCAUCCCAGGGCCAAGGCAAACAGUUUGUGUUCCGGAGGUCCUUGUUAGAUGAGCUGUUUGAAGUGAACCACAUCCGGACCAUCUACCACAUGUUCAUUGCCCUGCUGAUCCUCUUCAUCCUCAGCACCCUGGUGGUUGACUUCAUCGAUGAAGGCAGAUUGGUGCUCGACUUUGACCUGCUGGUCUAUGUAUUUGGACAGUUCCCCCUGGUGGUGAUUACCUGGAUCUGCAUGUUCCUUUCAGUGCUGGUGGUGCCCUACAGCCUGUUCCACACCUGGGCCUCUCACUACCAUGAGUCCCGCCAUGGGACCCUGUGGUCUCUUCUACUGGGCGCUCUCUUCCUGCUCUACCAGGGCCUGGGCCUAGGCUUCCUGCCUACCUUUGUGGUGGUGAAGAACAGCUUUCCCCCUGCAUCCUGCUUCAUCAUCAUCCUGGAACAGGUGCGCUUGAUGAUGAAGGCACACUCCUAUAUCAGGGAGAAUGUCCCCAAAGUUCUGGCUUUGGCAAAAGACAAAUCCAGCUCCUCCCCAGUCUCUCCACUCAUCCCACAGCUGAGCCACUAUAUCUACUUCCUCUUUGCUCCCACCCUUAUUUACAGAGAUAAAUAUCCCAGGAAUCCCAUCAUCAGGUGGAGUUAUGUGGCCUCUAAGUUAUUACAGGUUCUAGGAUGUCUCUUCUAUGCCUACUAUGUGUUUGUGCGCCUCUGCAUCCCACAGUUCCGCAGCAUCAGCCAGCAACUGUUUGACCUGCGGGCCAUGGUCCUGUGUGUGUUCAACUCUAUUCUGCCAGGAGUUCUGGUUCUCUUCUUGGCCUUUUUUGCCUUCCUGCACUGCUGGCUCAAUGCCUUUGCUGAGAUGCUGCGGUUUGCUGACAGGAUGUUUUACAAGGAUUGGUGGAACUCCACAUCCUUUGCCAAUUACUACCGCACCUGGAAUGUGGUGGUACACGACUGGCUGUAUUACUAUGUGUACUGUGACUUCCUAUGGAUGUCAAAGAAGAGAUUUCGGGCGGCAGGCAUGUUAUUGGUCUUCACUAUGUCUGCAGUAGUGCAUGAGUACAUCUUGGCGAUCUGCUUCGGCUUCUUCUACCCGGUCCUCUUCUGCCUCUUCAUGUGCUUCGGAAUGAUGUUUAACUUCAUUCUUCAUGACCGGAGAAAAGGCCCAAUUUGGAACGUGAUCAUGUGGACUGCUCUGUUCCUCGGUCAGGGGGUCAUCAUCUGCCUCUACUCCCAGGAGUGGUAUGCACAGCGCUACUGCCCCCUUCAGGAGCCCUCUUUCCUAGAGCUGCUGAAGCCGCGUUCCUGGAGCUGUCACCUCCAGACCAACCCAGCAGUCGACUCUUGAGGGGCUGUAACUGACAUCACAUUGAACUACUGAACCGACAACACUCGCCAAUCUAUUGAAUGUGUUUAGGAAGAGCACAACCUCCUGUUUCUUUCAAGCCUUUUUACUUUUUGUUUGACUUAAUUUUUUUGUGUUACACUAGUCAUUCUGACUGAUAUUGAGACUGCGUUAUUCAUUUGAAAGGGCAUGGAGUGAGACAUAUAAUGGACUCUGUUAUUCACAAAGAUGCCUUAUUUAUCCUUUUAGUUACAUGACAAACCCAUUGGAAAUCAGGGUAACAUAGAGCACAGAAAUGUGAACCGAAUAAAUAUAUAUGUAUAAAAUAUUAUUUUUUAUUUAUAAUUUUAUUUCCAGCCUGGAUACAAUUACCACACUCUUUCAUUUGAAAUGCACUUUCAAUGCCAAUAUGGUAAAUUGUAAAAUUGCUGCUUUUCCCAAAAGUUAACCUCUUAGCAAACAUGCAGUUAUAUAUAUUUAGCAAAUAAUUUACUUAACCAAUUUUUUUUUUUUUUUUUAAAUGAACCCAGACAUUUCAAAUGUUCAGCCACUGUAUUUUGUCGUAUAUUCUCCAAGGUGUUUUAAGUCAUGUCGAUGGAGAUCAGCGUUGGGCUCAUUUCAGAUGUUUGAAAUUAACUCCCAUUCAACUCAUGAGUUUAAAUUAGAGUUGAAUUGGCUGCACUCCACGGGAUGUAGAGUUUGUGUGACAGAAACUAACUCAAGGAAAUUUCACUCGUCAUACAACAUGAGUUUCAUUGAAUCUCACAGUUCCAGACACCAAAUAAUAACUUUUCUCUGGAAAUAAUGUUUAACUUUGGUGCUUAGAAUAGCCAAUUAUAUUUCUGCCAACCCUUUCAUUUGUUUGGCUUCUUUUUGAAGUCCUCAUGGUCAACUGCAGGGUUACACUAAUGCAUUCUGGGAAAUGUAUUUUCCUCAUUGAACAAAAUGUAAUCAAUUUAAUGAAAUACAAUAACUUUGAAUAUUCACAUACAGGUUUUGUUUCCCUUGAUCAUUCAGUUUGUCCUGAAAAUCAAUUGUUUUAACAUGUAUAUAAUGACAUGUUCAUGUCCAAUAUCCAUAUUUGUAUAGACCACCUAAUAUAGAAUAGAGGGCAUUUGAAUUUCUCUGAACUCAAUUACAUUUCCUUUCAGUCAAGUUUGAAUUGCAAUUUUGUUUGCUGUUUACUAUUUAAAUUCAACAUUUAAAUUGGAAUUUGAGGCAUUCUCCAUUUUAAUUCUGAAGUGAGCCCGACCCUUAUGGAGAUAAGUUGCUCUGUAUUUACUGCUAUGAAUGUUUUUGUCAGAUGUGAAGCCUUACACAAAGAUUAAUGUUAAUUAAGAAUAUGUAUUUAUUCAAAAGCAAUAUUGAAAGUGUUCCUAUACCAAUCAGAAAUUUCACACCUGACCUUGAGUUGGUGGAAACUGCACUGCUG